AUGACAAAUUACCUGUUAACAUCUUGUUCAGGAAAAGUUCAAAGGUCAGGACGUAAAGUUCAAGGAUUAGUUGUUGAGUCAUUAGAUGGACAAAACUGUAUAGAUAUACCUACCAUCAUUGAGUGUGAUGAAAUUCCUGAAGUCAGAGAGGAAAUUCCUACACCAGAUGUAGCCCUACAUUAUGAACAUUUACAUGACAUUGCUGAUCACAUACCACCAGUUGAUCCUAAUGCAGAAAUCCUGUUACUGAUAGGAGGGGACAUAACCAAAGCACAUCAUGUUUUAGACCAACGCAUUGGAUUGGGAAAUCAACCCUAUGCCCAAAAACUGUCCCUUGGUUGGACUAUCAUUGGUGAGACUUGUUUGGGAAAAACCCAUAAACCAGAUGUCAUUAAUGUCAUGAAAACUUGUGUUCUACCUGAUGGCCGUCCAACUUUGAUGCUACCUUGCAACAGUAACUUACAGGUCAAGGAAAAAAUCCUCAAUGAAACCUCAACAAACAUCAUGUGUACAAAGACUGAAAUUGGUGAAAGUGUUUUUCAGAGGACAGAGAAUGAUGAAAAGUUAGGACUUUCUAUGGAUGAUCAUGAGUUCUUAGACAUCAUGAAUUCAGAAUUUACAAAAGAUCUUGAUGGACAUUGGCAAGCUCCACUUCCUUUUCGUAAGGACCAUCAAAGACUAGUAAACAACUAUGAUCAAGCUAGGAAGAGAGCAAAACAGUUAGAUUACACUUUGCAGAAGGAUCCUACAAAGAAAGAACAUUUUGUGGAAUUUAUGGAUGCAUUGUUCAAGAAUCAUCAUGCAGAAAUAGCACCGCCUCUACAGAAUGGAGAAGAGUGUUGGUACUUACCAUUGUUUGGAGUUUACAACCCAAAGAAACCAAACAAAAUUCGAGUUGUGUUUGAUUCUUCAGCAAAAUUCGAAGGAAAGUCGCUUAACGACGUACUACUUACCGGACCAGACUUGACAAACAGUCUUCUGGGUGUUUUACUACGGUUCCGCAGAGAGAAAGUCACAUUAAUUGGAGAUAUUGAACAGAUGUUUUAUUGUUUAAAAGUCUGUGAACCUCAUCGAAAUUUCUUGCGAUUUCUAUGGCAUGAAGACAACAAUCCUGAAAAGAGACUGAUCGAAUACCGUAUGACUGUUCACGUCUUCGGAAACAGUCCCUCGCCAGCCAUCGCAACCUACGGAUUACGCAAGACUGUGAAGGAAGUAGAAGAUAUGUUUGGGACAGAUGUAAUUCAGUAUGUAGAACGUGAUUUUUAUGUGGAUGAUGGAUUAACAUCACAACCUACCGUAGAAAAAGCUGUGGACCUAAUGAAAAGAACACAGAAAGCAUUGAGUUAUGGGAAAUUACGUCUACACAAAAUAGCUUCAAACAACCAGGAAGUUAUGAACGCUUUUCCACCUAGUGAUCUGUCAAGUGAAAUGAAAGACUUGGAUUUAUCAAAAGACAAUCUACCAACACAGCGCAGUCUAGGACUUAAUUGGGACUUACAGUCAGAUUCGUUUUUCUUUAAAAUUUCAAAUGAUGUCAAACCAUUCACAAGAAGAGGUGUGUUAUCAACAAUAAAUAGUAUAUUUGACCCCCUAGGAUUUCUCGCCCCAAUUAUCAUCCAAGGCAAGUCACUUAUGAGGAAUCUACUUCAAGAAACAGUCAACUGGGAUGAACCUUUACCAGAAAGUCAGUCUACUCAGUGGGAAAAAUGGAAAAAUUCCUUACAACAUCUCCAGAAUCUACACAUUCCAAGAGUUUACAUAGAACUGACUCAGUCAUGGAGUGAGACAAUGAACAAAACAAUUCACAUUUUUUGUGAUGCUUCAGAAUCAGCAAUAUCAGCAGUGGCCUAUGUAGAAUCACAAGGAAACUUUGGAUUUAUCCUCGGCAAAUCAAAACUUGUGCCCUUAAAAGGACAUUCGAUACCACGUUUAGAACUUUGUGGCGCUGUGCUAGCUGUGGAAAUUGCUAAGUGUGUAUCAGAACAGCUAGAAUUACCGAUUGAACAUUUUAAGUUUUACUGUGAUAGUAAAGAAGUGUUGGGAUAUAUUUUCAACAAUUCAAGGAGAUUCUAUCAGUAUGUGGCAAACAGAGUGAUGCAAAUUCGUAAAGUGACCAAACCAGAUCAGUGGUCAUACAUAUCGACAGACAAAAAUCCAGCUGAUCAAGCAACAAGACAGAUACCAGUUAAAGCUCUACAAAAAAGUACUUGGCUAUUAGGACCAUCACCUCCACACUUACAACAGAUUCAGCACCCAUGCAUAUCUUAUGAGAUGGUGGACCCAGAUUCAGACAGGGAAGUCAGACAAGAAAUCACUUGUCUAAAGGUUGACAUCUAUAGACUUGGAUUGAAAUCGGAAGGAUUCUCAUGCUUUUCCCAAUGGAGGAAACUUGUUGAAACUAUUGCCAGACUUCAACAUUUAGCACAUUCCUUUCAACAAGGAGACAGUAAAUGCUCUGGGUGGCAUGUGUGUGAAGAUUCAAGAACUGUGGAAAAUUUCAACAAAGCUGAGAAACUUAUCAUCAAAAUUGUGCAGAAUGAAGUGUAUUUAGAAGAAAUUCAGUGCAUAUUGAAAGAAAAACCUCUACCUAGAGAUAGUAACAUUUUACCUCUUUUGCCAUUCUUGGAUAAAGAUGGAAUACUGAGAGUUGGAGGACGUCUCAACAAAAGUUCUUUACCAAUCAAUGAGAAAAAUCCAGUGAUAAUACCCAGAAACCAUCAUAUAGCGUUGUUGAUUGUUCGUUACUAUCAUGAACUCUGUAAACAUCAAGGUCGCCACUUAACAGCAGGAGCGAUUCGUAGUGCUGGAUUCUGGAUAAUAGGAGCCAGAAAAUUAGUUUCAUCCAUACUUCACAACUGUGUCAAAUGCAGAAAAUUACGUGGAAAGCUAUUGUGUCAAAAAAUGUCGGACCUUCCUACCGAUCGUUUGGAGCCUAGUCCACCAUUUACUUACAUUGGCCUGGAUACGUUUGGACCAUGGGAGAUAGUUACUCGUCGGACGCGUGGAGGAUCUGCAAACUCGAAAAGAUGGGCAAUCUUAUUUACCUGCCUUACAACGAGAGGAAUUCACAUUGAAGUUGUGGAGGAGUUAAGCUCUUCAUCAUUUAUCAAUGCCUUUAAGCGGUUUGAAGCCAUUCGAGGAAAAGUUACCCAAAUUCGUUCAGAUCAAGGAACCAAUUUCGUGGGUGCUAUAAAUGACCUGAAAAUUGAUUCAACUGGACUCAACUUAGAAGACAGUAAAAUCAAAAACUUCCUUUAUGAGUGUGGAACUACUUGGAAGUUUAAUCCACCCCACUCUUCGCAUAUGGGUGGCGCAUGGGAACGCCUCAUUGGAGUAGUAAGACGUGUGAUUGAUGCAGUUAUGUUGGAGAUACCAGCUAGAUCACUAACUCAUGAAACACUGACGACAUUUAUGGCAGAAGUUUCAGCAAUCGUAAAUGCCAGACCAUUAGUCCCCUUAUCGGAAGAUGCAGAUGAACCGUACCCUCUGAGCCCUUCCAUGAUACUUACCCAGAAAACUCCUGUGAUCGUCGACCUUCCUGUUGACAAGAUGAACAUGUAUCAAGCUCAGUGGAAACCGUACAGCAUAUGGCAGAUUUAUUCUGGACGCGCUGGAGAAAAGAGUAUCUUCAUACUUUACAGAUUCAUUGCAAGUGGACGCGUACUGAAAGAAACAUUACAGAAGAUUUGCCAGUCAGAAAAAAAUGUCCCAACAAAUCAGUACACUAAUGGCUUUGUUGCCACAGCAACAUUCAGUGGCGACCCCGGGAAGAAUCAGCUGGUACUGACUUACACUGGAGACAAUGCUACUAUACCAGGCGGGGAUAUUAAACAAAGAAAAACUAGUAUUUCAUUAAUCUGUAAAGAAGAUGCCUCUAGUGAUGUAUUUACUGUGUCUGGGGAGACACCUACAGGUCAAGUUAAUUAUAGAUUCACAUUAACGAGUAAACAUGCCUGUAUUAUUCCAAAUCCAGGGUUGAGUGCAGGAUCUGUCCUACUCAUUUUGUUUUUUGUAUUUGUUUUGGUGUAUCUGAUUGGUGGAAUUCUAUUCCUACGAUUUUAUCGAGGGGCCAAUGGCAAGGAGAUGAUUCCAAAUUUUGAAUUUUGGAAAGACUUUCCUUUCCUUGUAAAGGAUGGUAUGAUGUUUACAUUUCGUGGAUGUAAAACGGAUACAACAUACACACAGAUAUAGAGCUCUGAGCUUCAGAUCAUCAUGUACAUUUAACGUAACUGCCAAAGUUGAAGGUGAAUGAAGAAUGUCUCUUUACAGAAUUUAAUAUUCAGUGGUAUGAAGUAAUUUAUAUUGCCAUAUGCAGUGAUUGUUGUUAAAAUUUAUUGAAAAAAAGAAAUGAAUGAAAGUGGUUUUGUUAUUUUGCCAGUGCUAAAUAUAUUGAUAAUUUUAUGAAAUUUGGAUGGUCCAUCAGCCUGAUAAUUUUUAGCUAACCUAAGCCAAAGGCUCAAGUGAACUUUACUGAUCGAAAAGAGUACAGCAUCCUGUCAGCCUAUUUUGUGUCGUCCAUAAACUUUCACAUUUUUGAUUUCUUAAGAACCACUGAGCCAAUUUCAUCCACACUUACCAUAAUUGAUGCACCCUUGAAUGAAAAGGAAUUAAGCUUGUUCAAAUGAAGGACCAUAACCUCUACCAAGGGGAGAAAAUAAAGAAUUAGUGGAAUUUAAUGACAUUUUUUAAAGAUUUUUUUCUUAAGAACCACUGACCAAGAAAAAUGAAACAUAUGAAAGUUU